AUGUUCGACUUCAUAGCGUAUCUUGAGCGGCUUGAUCCGUCAUACGCCUACCAAGUCGAACAGCUAACUGGCGGUGUCAUCAACUUCACUGUGCGAGCCAGCAAAGUCACCUUGACGGAGUCGCCAGUGGUACUCGAGGCAACGCCUGGUGCAGGUAAUGGCUUGGAUGUGCACUUCGGCAGGUUCCCCGGCCACGGGUCGUUGAUCCUGAAGCAUGCAGCCUCUCAUAUCGCGGAGAUGGGUGAAGGUGCCCACAUUCCUCAGACUCGUCAGCUCGUAGAAGCAACGGCUUUAGCACUGUUCCUAGACGAGACGCGGAAGCCCGGCAUAGACUCCUCUUCACUGCCUGGUGCACGAUUGGGAUGUUUACAUACUUUCCUCGACGGAACAGGGAUAAUGACACCUGAAAUCUUGCACUACGACGCGUCUGAUCAUGUACUUAUUCUGUCAGAUCUUGGAGCACUACCAGAUCUGUCAAAUGUGUUCUGUGAGCUAGGUGGCUACACACCGGGAUCUGAUAACGGUCGUCCAGAGGUGCCACUGCCACCUCCCAAAUCACCAAGAGUAGGACAACGACUCACAGAUAAUGAGGUGACUUUCUUCGAAAAUCUAGGGACGAAGCUUGGACGAUUCUUUGCCCGGCUUCAUUCCCAACGUGUCCAUCAAGCCAUUCUUGAUCCUGCCUCCGGGCAACAUACGAGUCUUACCGUUGGCGAUGAAAUAUGCGGCUUUCCAUUGCUGCCCCAAAUGAAGACGGUUGUCCAUGAGCAUGUCAUUAAGCCCCUCAGAUCUCAGUUGCGCCUGUUCCCAUCUCUUAUCGGCAUCGAGGAAGCUGAUACUCUUUUCUCAGCAAUUGAGGCGGACUUCCUGCGUGAUACAGGUGAGCAAGAACGAUGCUUCGUCAUAGGUGAUUGCUGGACUGGCACUAUCUUGGUCGACCUGGAUCGACCUGAAGGAGAGACCAAGGUCGGCGUCAUAGACUGGGAGUUUGCGAACAUAUCUGGUCGCGGUAUCAACGGAGAUAUCAGUCAAUUCACUGCUCAUCUCGAACUUUUCCUCAUAGCGGCUUCCAGCUGGGGUGGAGACGGUGCUCCCGGCCACAUUUCACCCUUGAAAGAAAUUAUGCAGGCGUUGAUAGCUACAUACGAGGCUGAGCGAGCCCAGGUCGACGAUAGCACACUAAAAGAAACCAUCACUCGGUCAGCGUUCUUGUCCCAUGGCGCGGAGCUCAUCAACUGCGCGUUUUGGAAGAUCUGGAUUUGCAAGGAUUCAGAAUGCCUCGCAUGCCGCCGGCAGAACGAGAUAUCAUCAGCUGAGGGGUUAAGCGAAGACCCUGAUGGAAGUCAGAGGCCUAGCCAUGCGUCUCAAGCCACAGAACAGGCGGAUGCUCCGGAGCAGUGCACACUCAUUGCGAAGAUGGUCAGCAGAGGCCUAGCUUUCCUGAGAUGUGCAGUCGCCGAAGACCUUAUCAAAGCUACGAUUUCCCUACGCCAGUGCGAGAUCGUCGAUGGAUUGCAGCCGAGCUUGGUCGAUUUGUUUACUUGA